CAACGAGAGACGAGGAACAGCUGGGUGAGCAGAUCCGGAGUGCUGUCGUACGAAGUAUCGUGCACCAAACCAGGCACUCACAAACAGUGCGAUCUAGGUCGGUCUCGGAGGUAGCUGGGAGAGAGGACAGGUCCUGGAAUGCCCCUCACGCGUAGGAAGGGGUGUAGUAGGCCGGUGACUGCUCCACUCCAACUUACAGAUGGGUUGACUGGGAUUCCGGAAGACGGGUUAGACAAGCCAAGAGCGCAGUGCCGUGUUGGACGCGAGUCGACGGUGUGUCGUCUAUGUUGUCUGUGUUGUCUACAUGUAUAUCUGUAUCUGAUCCGGUCGCAGGGGACGGGUCGGUUGAAAUGGGGGACGAGAGUCUGGGACUGGUUACACAACGAGGGGAUGCGAUGGGACAAAAUGGGUCAUGAAGCGGUUGGGUUUGUUGAUGAGAUAUAAGGUAGGUACAGCGAUGUACUAGGUUGCAGCGGAGGCGAGAGGGAUAACAGGGACGAUGCCGGAAUACUACCCACCUAGGCACUAGGGAUCAGUUUAAAGCCCAGUGGAGGUGGGCUGGCAUCAAUAAUAGAAUCGACGACAAGUGA